GUCAUUGUGAGGUUGAUACCGGAGUAAAAGGGAGUGAUACUGGAGUUGCUGAGAUCAUAUCAAGAUACAAGAUACAAGCCCGGUAAAAAUGUCUCGACCCCGUUACCAACAGAGUGGACCCCCUCCCUCAGGUGUCAUUCAAAACGAGCCGUCAAGGCAUGAUAAAGUUCAAAUAAUAAUCAAAAAGACUGAUGGGAAUAGUAUGCUAAUGGAUGUAGUCUUGAAUUGGAGUGAAGACAUGUUGGUUGACAAAAUUGGUGCCCGUAUCAACAUGGCUAGAAGCCAAUUUUACGUCACAUUCGGCAGCAAACAGUUAGGCGGUUCUACGAAAAUAUUCGACAUUGGCAUAAGGCAACGAAGCGAAGUAAAGAUGAAUCUAUCUCAUGAUGACCAGAGUGGACACCCUACCCAAGGUGGCCGAAAAAAUGAACCUUCAAGGCACAAGGAAAUACAGAUUUUUGUUAAAACGUUGACGGGAGAAACUCUUAUAUUCGAUGUGAAAACAAAUGAUUUGGUUGAGAGUUUAAAAGACAAGAUCAAAGAUAAGGAAAAGAUAGAUCCUGCCCAGCAACGUCUAAUCUUUGCCGGCAAGCAGCUGGAAGAUGACCGUAGGUUGUAUGAAUACGACAUAAAGGAUUAUUCCACUCUAAAUUUGGUCUUGAGGCUCCAUGGUGGUGCCGUUAAGUUGUGAAAAGGGGAGGAAGAUCAAGAAGAAGAUAAAUUAAGUUGAGGUUCAAAUAAAAAUGAAAGUUGGGGAAAAUGACAAGAUAAGUGUUUCCGCGGGCCGAACUUUGACCCUCAGUGUAUACUGUGAAAUACAAAUACCUAACCGACUUCAAAUAAGACAUCGGUUGAUCUGCAUAACUCUCAUUCUAUUCCAGGAAGCUUUAAUUACCAAUGCUUUUUGUUUUAGGAAACAGACAUAAUAUUUAAGACAAAUUGCAGUCAUUUGCAUAAGCAUGAUAAUGCUACUGCGUCUUGCUUUUCAAAUAUAUCAUCUAUCAAUUGUCCUCCUAUGGCAGCUCAUGCACUCCAUUAUCGUACCAAGCUACUAAAUACUCCAUAUUGGGUAAGAAAAGGAACAAUUCAAUUGGGAUAAUUAUAACAUUCUCACUUUGCCCACAGUUCCAUCUUUUCAGAACUUAAUGGUAUGAGAGCCAUCAGGUAAAUUUUAUCUGUUUAUGAAUUUGUAAAGUAGAAAUGAUACUAAUAUUUACUAAUAUUUUUAAUGAGAAUCGGUCUGUAAUUAAAAGAGGUUAGGAAUAAUCUACAAUAUCAACUAAGUGCCAGAGGUAUCCACGUGAAAAGUUUGAUCAAGAAAUGCGUUAAAUUAAAUUUGUACCCUCUUGGUCAUUAUUGCUGUUCUAACCCCAAACUUGAAUCCACUAAACAGUCCAAAAAAAAUUCAAAGCAAAUAUUUCCAUUGUUUCAUAAAAACACUGUUAUUUGUUACCAUUGUUCUGUAUCUCUAAGUAUACUCUGUCAAAUUCUCCUCCAUAUUAAUGUUCUAAUGUUAUUGAUACGACUUUAAAUGUCUUUAAAAUAUUAUCAAGCGAAAAGUUAUUGUAAUGUAUUCAUUUUCAUCGGAUGUUUUAGGCAAAAUAUUUGAAUUAAAUGAAUUUCAUCAAAUAAUAGAAUGAGAUUCUGCGAAUGCUAUCAAAAUAUUUUAAGAUUCAUUAGUUUAAAUGGAAUGUUUUAUACGGAUUAAUUGAAAAUGCUAAUUAACUUGAUAGCUGUAUAUUAAAAAAAUAUAUUUUCGUUGUUUUAAUGAGAGUUUACUAUGUGAACACAAUUUAGACAAUGAAAUAAUCUUGUUAUUUAUUUGAUUUCAAUUGAAGGUGGUUAAACCUUAAUUCAUAGGCCAAUACGUCAGCCUUUUUCGUAUGUACAUGUACAUGAAUUUGAAUUAGUAAAACUUGCAGCCAGACAUGAAUUAUAUGUGGAUUGAUGACUCAUUGCAUUCU